AUGGACUUGAGAAAUUUCAAAAUUUUUGAAUUCCUAAUAUUUUUAAUACUUCUCAUUUGCAAAGGAUAUGCGGAAGUCCUAACCCCCUGGCCGGAGCGUAUUGUGGGCGGCAUGGAUUUACCCGAAGGCUAUUAUGUACCCUAUCAAGUGUCACUGCAAUAUUUAAUGAAUCCCGAAAGUUCAAAACGAACUGGACCAAUUUAUAAACACUUUUGUGGUGGUUCCAUAAUAUCGCCGCAGCAUAUUUUAACAGCUGCCCACUGUUGUUAUGGCUUCGAUGUUAGACGUAUGACUGUAGUGGCUGGUGUACGAGAUCUGCGUGAUACCAUGGUCAAACGUUAUUCCGUUGAUACAAUAAAACUACAUUCAAAAUUUUCGGAAUUGUUUUCAAAUGAUAUAGCGAUUUUGAAAUUAUCCACACCCUUGGAUCUGGAUAAUCGUACACAGUCGAUAAUUGAAUAUAUCCAUGAAGAACGUAUACCGGGAGGUGUAACAGUAUUUCUGACCGGUUGGGGUUUGCGUAUACCGUUCAGUUUACAAAUACCAUUUUCAUGGCCAUCUGUUCAGGAUCAUUUGAAUACUAUUAGUACUCCGACUAUUCUGCAAGUAAUGAAUUUUCGUACCGUCUCCGAUUUUCAAUCUUUGAGAAGUAAAAGUGUCAAUACAACAAUGUUUCCACGAGCUUUGUUGGGUUUGGUCUUAGUCCUGGCCAUAUGGCAGUGUUAUAGCGCACCAUCAUGGGAGGAACCAUUGGAUUUGGAAGCCUAUUUCGAUGCCUUAGAUGCCGUCCCCGAAUCUCAAGAACGUGUGGUCGGAGGUUAUGCUGUUGACUCCGAACAAUAUAUCAAUUAUCAAAUAUCGCUGCAAUACAAUAAAGAUGGUGAUUAUCGCCACUUUUGCGGUGGUUCCAUAAUUGCACCCAAUCGCAUUCUAACUGCCGCUCAUUGUGUCCAAGGGCAGAAUCCCCAAAAAUUAAGUAUUUUAGCGGGUAUCAAUGACCUGCGUUCCAAAGACGGUUCCCGAUCUCAAGUCACUGCCAUUGAUGUCCAUAAAAAUUAUGUACCCCUUAAGUCCAGUGAUAUUGCAAUUCUGAAUAUUGAUCCACCCCUACAGUUGGAUGGUAAACGUAUCGAUAAAAUUAAUUUCAGUAAUUCGGAAAAGGUGGGUGCCAAACAACCGGUACGUUUAUCUGGAUGGGGUUCGGUACAUCAUUUCGGUAAUGGCGUUUUGGCCCGCUAUCCCAAAAGAUUGCAAUUGCUGAACUAUGUAACGAUCACAAAUGAGGAUUGUAAACAGAUUAUGCAGGAUUUAUCGGAUACGGAAAUUUGUGCCCGAGAGCGCUUUGGCAAGGGGGCCUGUAAUGGUGAUUCUGGCGGUCCCUUAGUUAUGCAGAAAGAUGACACCUUAACCCAAGUGGGCAUUGUCUCAUAUGGCACCGCCUUUUGUGCUUCAAGUGCUCCAGAUGUUUAUACCAGAGUUACCGAAUUUGAUGAUUGGAUCAAGGAACGUCUUUAA